UUUCUCAUUUAAUGAUAAUAUGAUUUUGUAUUGGUUAAUCUAGUUAACCAAUUAACCAAACCGAUUAAACUUUAGUUUGGUUAAUUUGGUUGUUGUAUUAGUUUGGGCGGUUUGGUUAUGAUAUUGUAUUUCCUGGUUAAUGAAAUUUAGCCUUAUUUGGGUACUAACCAUAAUAACCAUUUGAACACCCCUACUUACUACUCACUUUUACCGGCAUGACACAAUAAGCUCAACUUUAUACUUGAUCUACACGUAUGUCCUACAACACUGGAAAAGCGAGAACCAUUAAGAGCAAGCAGACAAUUGAUGAGCAAAAUCCUGCAACUAUUUUUUGAAGCGGAUCCGGUGCAUAACUUAUCGGUGUAUCUAUCUAUCUAUAUUCUAGUCUACAAAUAUAUUAUAGCAGAGUUGGGGGCAGUUUUUCAACAUUUCAAAUUUCCUGCAAUGAUAGCGAAAGUAGUAAGGGUAAUUGUGUCUUCACCAUCAUUAUUUAUUUUUUAUUCAUAAGAAAAAAAUACAUCAAUCUCGAGAUUCGAACCAUGGUCUUUCCAAACUAAGACAACAACCAUUACCAAUUACGCUAAAAAAAUCUUUUGUACCUUUUUAAGUAAAGAAUCUAAAAACCUGGAAUCUAAAAAUCAUAUGACUUUUCCACUACUGUUAGCUAGCCCACUAACUUUCUUGUAAGUACUUUCUUUGUUAAUUGAUAUUUGAAUUUUUCAUAGUUUGAUUAUUUUAAUUUGAGUUUAAUAAUAAAUUUAAUUUUUGUCUAUCUUACAAAUGGAGGAAAUUUUAAAAUUGAAACCCAAAUAUCAUUGAUUCGAAUAUUACAUAUUGAAUUGCAGUAUUGAAUGCGUAGAUGUGAUGUAGAAUUAUUAACUUUGUUUAGUUCAUACGUACCGUGAAGGGAAUAGAGUUGCGGACUGGCUCUCGAAGCACAGUCUCGUCUAUCCAUUCGGUACGUAUGAAUUGGACGAUCUCCCAUUAGAUCUGGAAAGGAUCUGCCAGGAAGAUAUUCUUGGAGUAAGCUUCCCUCGUCAAGUGCCUCAGAACAACAGUCCUUGAACUCUCUUCUGAUUUUUUUUUGUUCGCCUUUGCUGGCUUCUGUGUUAUUGCCUCUGUUGGUGAGCUGGUAGCCCUUGUGCUUCCUUAAUCUGGCGGUUUGCCUCCCUUUAAAUGAUAAACGAAACUCAUCUGGCCAACGGGACGGGUACGAGGCUAGUUGUUUUAUAAGGGAUAACUAUCUUGUUUUUAUAAAUGUGUAUUUUGAGAUAGAAAAAUACUACAAAACACAGGGUAAUUUCCUUUUGCAUUUGAAACAUGUAUUUUCAAUAUGAUUUUAUCAAUCUAUUUAUCGAAUUAAUAGAAUAUAUCACUAUCUUUUUUGGCUUUGCCCCUGUUGGUAAUUGAAGUAAAAGUGAUUUAAAUAGAGAAUGCAUAGUUAUAGCAGAGAGUUCAAUAUCAAAGAUUAAAAUUGAUCAGACGCGAUGAGAUAUCAAUGACAAUGAUAAGCUAAGAUAACAAUUAAGAAAAUCAAGAUGGAGAAUGGCGUCAUCGCAGGCAUGGUUGGGUGUGGGCUAAUCAAGUCCAUCGUCUCCAUCUCCUCUGAUUUGAUGCACGAUUUCAAAGACGGGCCAUCUCAUCCUAACAUCUCCGCGGUCCAUGGUUCUUAGCCAAGCUGUUGGCAUGGUCAUAUGCUGUUUUGUAGCCCCACUCACGUUCUUCAUGUUCUACAAGGCCUACGACGUUGGGGACCCGAACAGCGAGUACAAGGCUCCCUACGCUCUAAUAUACAGGAACAUGGCGGUCCUGGGAGUUGAAGGCUUCUCUGCCCUACCCCACCACUGCCUGCUUCUAUGUUGGGUGUUCUUUGGGUUCGCCAUCGUGGUCAACAGAAAUUCGCGUAACACAAAUGACGCAAACCACUAAUUCGUUGGAAUAUUUUUGUGUUUAUUGAAAGUACGUAAUAUAAAUGGCACUUUCGCUAAAGGAUGAUAUUUCCAAUGGUAUUAUUCCUUAAUUAACCAAUAAUAAGGUAGCAAAUGAAAGCAAGCUAAGGACUAAUCAGGGACUGGGAGGUUAGGUCUGUCUGUAUUUUAUUGGGUUAUAAUUAUGACAAGUGAGUUGUAUGUACAAGACCACGACCAGUUAUUUAAUUACCCUGAUGACUUGAUUAAUUAACAUGACAGGAUUAG